CGCCCCGGGCGGCCGGCGGACAGCCUGAGCUGCCAGACGCAGGAUGCGCUCCGAGGGCGCGGCCCCCCGGCCGGUGGCGCCGCUGUGCGGGGCGCUGAGCCUGGUACUGGGCGCGCUGCUGGGCAAAGUGAUAGAGGGCCGUGGGGUCGCUGACACCAUACAGAGAGUUUCCUCGCUGCCUCCCUACCUGCCGGCGAGCUUCCAUGUCCUCAGGGCAGAGACCGCCUUCUUCCUGAGGGAGACCCGCCAGGACGCCGCGCACAACUCCAGCCUGCAGUCACGCGUGGAGUCCUUCUUCACCUACAGAGCCAAGCGGCCCCCGAUAUUAAAUACCAGCUACGGGCCCUUUACUGUGGAGAAGGUCGUGCCUCUGGACUUGAUGUUGGUCUCAAACUUUCUGGGCCCAACCAGUAAGUUCAGUUUCAACUGGAAGCUGAAGGCCCACAUCCUGCGGGACCGCGUCUACCCGGACCGGCCCACCGUGCAGGUUCUGUUCCACGUCGUGGGCAGAGACUGGGCCGAGCGCAGCCCCGGGGAGCAGCUGCCCUGCCUACGGGUGUUCGCCUUCCGGGAGACCCGGGAGGUGCGGGGCGGCUGCCGGCUGCGCGGGGACCUGGGGCUGUGCGUGGCGCAGCUGCAGCUGCUGGCCAGCUGGUUCAGCGCCCCCGCCGUGCUGGCCGGGAGGAAGAGGCCGGCGGAGCCCGCGGAGGGCAGCGCGGUGGAGCUCUACUACGCGGUGCACGCGGGGGACGAGCGCGGGGACUGUGCCGGCGGGGACGUCAGGAAGGGCAAUGCCAUCCGCCCGGGGAAGGACGGCCUGGAGGACAGCACGUCCCACCUGCAGAGGAUCGGCUCCGUGGGCCUCUACCGGGCGCAGGACAGCGCCGCUCAGCUCAGGGAGCUGCGCUUGGACGGCAACGUGGCCGUCUGGCUGCCCUCCCGGCCAGUCAAGCAAGGGGAAGUGGUCACUGCCUAUGUCACCGUCGCCAGCAGCUCCACCGUGGACUUCUUCAUCUUGAGAGCCAAGGUGAAGAAGGGGGUGAACAUCCUGAGCACCCGGCCCAGCGAGCCCCGGCAGUGGGACGCCAAGCAGGAGCUGGGCAACGGCGGGAAGCAUGCCACCACCACCGUGCUGUGCCAGCGCCUGGGGCCCAGCGCCCGCAACAGAAGCAGCAGUUCGUUCAAUGAAGUUGUGCAGAUGAACUUUGAAAUCGCCAGCUUCAGCAGCCUCUCGGGGACCCAGCCCAUCACUUGGCAGGUGGAGUACCCACGGAAGGGAACCACAGACAUCGCCGUGUCUGAGAUUUUCAUCAGCCAGAAGGACCUGGUUGGCAUUGUCCCCUUAGCCAUGGACACAGAAAUCCUGAACACCGCCAUACUCACGGGACAGACGGUUUCCUUGCCCGUCAAGGUGGUCUCUGUGGAGGAGAACGGUGCCGUGACGGACAUCUCAGAGUCUGUGGAGUGCAAGGCCACGGACGAGGACGUCAUCAAGGUGUCCGACCGCUGCGACUACGUCUUUGUCAACGGCAAAGAGAUGAAAGGCAAGGUGGACGCGGUGGUGAACUUCACGUACCAGUACCUGAGCGCCCCCCUGCACGUCACCGUGUGGGUGCCCAGGCUGCCCCUGCAGAUAGAGGUCUCGGACACGGAGCUGAGCCAGAUCAAGGGCUGGAGGGUCCCCAUCAUGGCCAGUAAGAGGCCCACACGAGAAAGUGAGGACGACGAGGACGAGGAGAGGAGGGGCCGGGGCUGCGCCCUCCAGUACCAGCACGCCACCGUGCGCGUCCUCACCCAGUUCGUGUCCGAGGGCGCCGGCCCCUGGGGACAGCUCAGCCACCUGCUCGGCCCUGACUGGCAGGUGGACAUCAGCCACCUGGUGGCUGGCUUCAUGAAGCUGGAGGAACCGCACGUGGCCUCCCUCCAGGACAGCAGGAUCCUGGUCGGGCGUGAGGUCGGGAUGACCACCAUCCAGGUGUUGUCCCCACUAUCUGAUUCCAUCCUGGCAGAGAAGACAGUCACCGUGUUAGAUGACAAAGUGUCGGUGACAGACUUGGCAAUCCAGCUGGUGGCUGGGCUGUCUGUCACGCUCCAUCCCAGCGCGGAGAACAGCAAGGCCAUCACGGCGGUGGCCACGGCUGAGGAGCUGCUGCGGGCCCCCAAACAGGAAGCCGUGGUCAGCACUUGGCUCCAGUUCAGCGACGGCUCAGUGACGCCUCUGGACAUCUACGACCCCAAGGACUUCACGCUGACCGCCACCUCCCUGGACGAGGCCGUGGUGUCCGUCCCCCAGGCCCGCUCCCCCAGGUGGCCCGUUGUGGUGGCGGAAGGGGCGGGCCAAGGGCCCCUGGUCCGAGUGGACCUGACCAUCGCAGAGGCCUGCCAAAAAUCCAAACGCAAGAGCGUCCUCGCCGUGGGCGUUGGCAACGUCAGGGUGAAGUUUGGCCCGAGCGACGCGGACUCCAGCCCUGGCGGGGGAGACGACAACGACGAUGACGAGGGUGACAUCAAGAACCACGCCAGUGACCGGCGGCAGAAGGGCCCGGACCCCGAGCGCGCGGGCCAGGACGGGCAGUUGCAGGGCAGCUCGUCCGCGGAGCGAGAGGAGGGCUCCCUCCGCAGAGGGAGCCCCACGGCGCGGCCGCUGCUGGACAACAAGGCGCCCAAGGACAGCCGGCAGGACGGGGGCCGGCCGCCCGCGGAGGGCCGGCUGCAGACCAUCCCCAUCGACUUCAGCAACUUCCCGGCGCACGUGGACCUCCCGCAGGCCGGGGCCGGGCUGGGGGACAGCGGCCUGGAGCCGGCGGCCCGGGGCCUGAGCGACCUGGAGGUCGGCAUGUACGCCCUGCUGGGCGUCUUCUGCCUGGCCAUCCUGGUCUUCCUCAUCAACUGCACCACCUUCGCCCUCAAGUACCGGCACAAGCAGCUGCCGCUGGAGGGACAGGCGUCCGUGAGCCACUCGCACGACUGGGUGUGGCUGGGCAACGAGGCCGAACUCCUGGAGAACGCGGGCGAGGGGCCGCCGCCGCCCGAGGAGCACACGACCGUCAUAGACCGCGGGCCCGGGGGCUGCGAGGAGAGCAACCGCCUCCUGCUCAACGGGGGCUCCCAAAAGCACGUGCAGGGCCAGAUCCACAGGCCGGCGGAGGCGGGCGCCAGGCCGGGCCGGGACCCGAAGCUCGAGCCCCUGCAUUCGCCCACGUCCAAGAGGAAGAAGGUGAAGUUCACCACCUUCACCACCAUCCCCCUGGACGACAGCUGCCCCACAGUGAACGCCAUCCUCGGCGCCAACGACGAGGACAUCAAAUGGGUGUGCCAGGACCUGGACGUGGGCGCCCCCAAAGAGCUCAGAAACUAUCUGGAGAAAUUCAAGGACAAAGUGUAGGCCGUGUGGCCACAGGGCCCCCGCCGGCCGCCGCCUCAGUUCCAGAUAGAUCUGGGCCCUGGGGACCCCGGGCACAGUCGCGGGGUGGAACCGGGGCGCGCUGGGGCCCCUUAUAGACCAUUGGAAGGUUUGAAGCCGGGAAGGGAUGUUUUUUUGUAAUCAGAGGUUUUUUAGCGGUCGAUGAGGGCCGAUUUUCGAAAGCCAGCGGAUCAAACUCUGGGAGUGGAGAUGACACAGACGUGGAACUGUGCAAGACCAAAUUAGGGAUGCUAUUUUAUGAGUCAAAAUAUAGCACAGACAAGCUACCAAAAAUUAUUUGUUAAAAAAUGCAAAAAGACAAAUAAAAAGAGACAGAAAUAAUCAUCCGUUUAUAUUUCUGGUAAAGCAGCAUCAGAUAAAAGUAGGGCCCGCUAAGAGACAGCUCCAUUUUAAUACAAUGUCCCUUUUCCUAGGACAGUCCCUGUCCCUGUGAGACAGGGAGGAGACGUCUGAAUAUCAAGUCUCCUCUUGGUAUAGAGCUGAGGAUUUUUAAACCUUUACCUGGUCAUCUUUUUUCUCCCCUUUUCCAUACUUCCUUUUCUUCCCCCUCUUUUUUUCUUUCCAUGUCCUAGACUUCCAUUUGAUUUCUAUUUGAUGUUUAUUUCUGAGGGUCAAAUGAUAUGUUUUUCCUACAUUAACCAUACAUUAUAUUCCCAUUCGUUAGUUGAACUCUUAGAAACGAUAUAAGGUAAUUCAUUCUUUAAGUAGUAACCAUCAGUGCUUAUCUGUAUCCCUCCAGCCUUGUUGGUAUUUGCUGGGUUUGUACAAUUACAGGAAACUCUUAGAGCCUUUUGGGGGCCGGGGGGGAGCUGCUCGACCCACCACCACCAGCACCACCAGCACACCCCAGGGGCGAAGCCAUUUCAUGGGACAUUGUCAGAGGCUACUCACAGGCCAGCAGCACAAGCCCAGGGGCCACUGACCACUCAGCCGCUCCAUGGCUGGUGUUGUGUUGUGGGGCUGCUCCUACCUGGGGAAGGUUGCGUCAAAGCCCCCAGAGACACACCGUUGCCAGGGGUGAUAAGCUUCAGUCUCCUGGAGCAGCUCUGUCAGGAGACAAGAUCAUAGCAAGAAAUGAUCAAAGAUGAAAACUGGGGGAGCGUGUUUUAAGUCGGUUUCCUAACUUUGUGGGCGGGGCGUACCAGCACACACUGAGAAGAUGAAAAGCUAUGUUAGAUUGCCAAUCAACUGUGUGUUUUUUUUUAACAGCCUAAUUGUGUAGCAGCGCACUGCAUUCAUCCAAAGCAAGUGUCUGUGGCAGAGAAGACCACCACAUGGUGAAGGAAGCCCCUUGCAGUGCUGGGCUCCGCCCUUCUGCACCCGGCGUGG